AUGUGCUUGCGGUUUGCUUUGCCAUGGCUUCUCCUUAGUGACGCCAGCAGUGCAGAAGUUUCUCAUUUGCUGGUCGAUGCUUUGUUUUUUGACAAGCGAAACGACGCCAUCAUUCUUCCGCCACUUUCGGGAGUUUACAGGCGCUUUGACACCAACUCCCUCACCAAGAGGAGCAAAGGCGCACGCACGCUGCUGUCCAGGAACACAGACUUUUCAUGGUGUUUCUCAGUGGAAGGGCGAAAUGUACUUUGCAGUGCCGCUUCUGCAGCGGAUGUGCGCUCUGUGGAGACGUGGCUCUUCACCCCGCCUACAUGUGCAUGCCAAAGAAGUGACGGCCUACCAACAGGCAGCCAAAUUUUGACGCACAAGCCUGCCCAUCAGAUCGGCUUCCCAUCGCAUUCACGCUGUUAUUGCACUGGUCGAGAGGCAUCGUCUCAGACACGGGUCAUCCAAGAUAUCCGAAUCACACAGCCAGCCCUCCGACCAGCUAUGCGGCCGCCAAACGCCACCUCCGCUUUGUCACUUGAAUGCCCAGUGGGCAUUCCCCAAAGAGACAAGCCACGCAAGGUCUUCGUCGGCUUCACGGUCAAUGAUGAGACCGGGCCGCUGCUGACGCAUGUGCACGAGAUCGCCCCGGUGGUGGAGGCCAUCAUCUGGAUCGAGGGCACGACCUCUUUCAGUGGUCUUCCUCGCCCCUCUACCCUGGCACGGCUGCGCACCAAACUGGCCCCAUACAUGCCAAAGAUUUUCGAGCAAAAAGUCAGCGGUGGCGGGCAAAGGCUACAGCAGGAAGCCACCAGGAAGAAGGACCGCUUCCUGGCGAGCGGCGGCUGGCGUUCCGCGGAGCACUUGUACAACAUGGCAGGGAAGGUGCUGCUUGACGAUCAGAAUUUUCGUCGUCGGUUCCUUGCGAGGCCACCAGAGCCCGAUGAUGUCUUGAUCGUCUUGGAUGCUGAUGAAGUCAUCAGGCGAGAGGCUUUGUGGCAAGUGAAGCACUGCAAAUUCAGAUUCCCGAUGAGAUUUCAAAUGCGGAAUUUUGUCUAUGACUUUCAGCAUUACAACUAUCAGGUCACUCGUGGAUAUACUUCCUACUUUCAGGAGGCUGACUGGUCGUUUGCAACAGGAAUCACUGUACAUCAACUCACAGUUGACGGCAUCCAGCCUCAUGCUGCCCGUGUGGCGCGCAUAGCAGACAAGGUAACCUCUAACGUCUCUGAGCCCCUCGGAUACCAACGGUACAGACGCCUUCCUGAGACGGUGUUCCCGAAUGCCGGCUGGCACAUGCACUUGUUCUUUGGACCCAAGCAGAUUGCGCGAAAGCGUGCAAUGGGCUUUCAUCAUUCGUACAACCGCAGGCCUUUCAAUCACACUCCAAGUCUUCAUGCGAUGAUGGUGCAUGGUCGCCAUCCACUCCAGCUGGACUGCAUGGAAGUUGGACGUCGGAUAACGCCAAUGGUCAGCUGCAAGGUCAGACCUUGCGACGAGCCGGAAAUGGCAAGAGGAGCUGGCCGUGUGGCUUGCGUUUUUCCCGCGCGUGAGCCACGGGAAGCCUUGCCGCACAUUGUCCGGGACGAUCCAAGUAUGGAGUGCCUGGUGGACAGGAUUGGUGCUGGCCUGGAUCGGGUCUGCCCAUCCGACGUCGAGGACAUUGACUGGCCAUAG